CUGAGAACAUGUAGAAGUUCCCCCGUAUUUUUGUUUCCCAAAAAUGACCGGUUUUCAACAAUUGCGAGUACCCUCGUAGGUUAAAAUAUUCUUUUAUUUGCCGAAAUCCGAAUGGGCAUUUUUAGAGUCGAUUUCGUAUUCAUUAUCUACUUUUAAUUGUCAAGGUACAAGAAGGACAUUUUUUGUAUUUCUGAAUUGUAAACAGUCGGCUGUAGUAGUGGUAUCCCCACUUUGUCGUACUAGUCUUCCAUCUUUCUUUACCGAAAAAGCAUAAAUUGAUGGAAAGCUAAAAAUGCCGCGUCUUGACUCCCGACACGCGAGAAACACCAGUCUUUUUUUCUAAAAAUUUAUAGUGACGACGGCGUUUAGUGCCGCGAUAUUAAAUCCCGAAUUUGUUAGCCCGUUGGAUUGUUAAAGGGUGGACAUGUCUCAGGCUCACAGAAACGGCAGCUACUACCAGUGUUGUUCAGGAUUCUGCAUCGAUCUGCUGCAAAAGUUCAGCGAAGAGCUCGGUUUUACUUACGAAUUGGUAAGAGUAGAAGAUGGAAAAUGGGGUACGAACGACAACGGGAAAUGGAAUGGAUUGAUAGCCGAUUUGGUAAACAGAAAAACUGAUAUGGUUCUGACUUCGCUGAUGAUCAAUGCAGAAAGGGAAGCUGUGGUGGAUUUCAGCGUUCCCUAUAUGGAAACCGGCAUAGCGAUCAUAGUUGCAAAACGAACGGGAAUUAUUUCACCCACUGCAUUCCUCGAGCCCUUCGAUACCGCAUCCUGGAUGUUGGUCGGCAUCGUUGCAAUACAGGCCGCCACGUUUAUGAUAUUUCUGUUUGAAUGGCUCUCACCCAGCGGAUUUGAUAUGAGGCUUUCCUUUAACCAGAGUCCUUCGGCGUCGCAUAGAUUCUCCCUAUUCAGGACUUACUGGCUAGUGUGGGCCGUUUUGUUCCAGGCCGCCGUACACGUCGACUCUCCUAGGGGAUUUACCGCGAGAUUUAUGACCAACGUUUGGGCAAUGUUCGCCGUUGUCUUCCUCGCUAUCUACACUGCCAAUCUCGCAGCCUUCAUGAUCACUAGGGAAGAGUUCUUCGAAUUCUCGGGCGUUGCUGAUCAUCGAUUAUGCAGACCGACUUCACACAAACCGAUGAUAAAAUUCGGAACGAUCCCUUGGUCGCACACCGAUUCGACCAUAGCUAAGUAUUUCAAAGAAAUGCACUCCUACAUGCAGCCUUAUCAAAGAUCCAACGUCGUGCAAGGAGUGGCCGAUGUUCUUAGCGGAGACGUCGAUGCUUUUAUUUACGAUGGAACGGUUCUCGACUACUUGGCCGCUCAAGAUGAAGAUUGUAGAUUACUUACAGUCGGCUCUUGGUAUGCCAUGACUGGUUACGGUAUGGCAUUUCCCAGAAACUCCAAAUAUCUUAAGAUGUUCAACAAAAGGUUGCUAGAUUUCCGGGAAAACGGAGACCUAGAGCGUCUGAGACGCUACUGGAUGACAGGCACCUGCAGACCCGGCAAACAAGAACACAAAAGUUCCGAUCCGUUAGCCUUGGAACAAUUCUUGUCCGCCUUCUUGCUGCUGAUGUCCGGCAUCCUCCUUGCGGCGCUGCUUCUUCUUCUCGAACACCUCUACUUCAAAUACGUUCGGAAGCAACUAGCAAAGACCGACAGGGGAGGUUGCUGCGCGCUCAUAAGCCUUUCGAUGGGGAAAAGCCUCACGUUCAGAGGAGCGGUGUACGAAGCUCAAGAUAUUCUCAAGAAUCACAGAUGCAAAGAUCCGAUUUGCGAUACGCAUUUGUGGAAGGUGAAGAGAGAAUUGGAUGUGGCUCAUUUGAGGAUCAAACAAUUGGAGAAGGAGAUGGAAACUCAUGGUAUUAAGCCGCCUCCGCCUUGUAAGCGUGUUAUUGUAUCCGGCGAACAAGCCAGAGCCAGACUAAGAAGUUUGAAUCCAGGUGGACGAGGAGCAAGUGAUGUUGAUCUGUUUGGGCCGCGGACAGAGAUAGCUGAAAUGGAAACUGUGCUGUGAUCAAAAGAAUACUUACAUAUUACCAACCCAAAUCAAGAAAAUAACACCAACUCCUCUUAGGCAUUGAGGCAUUGAAGCACUGACUUUUUAACAAAAAACGUGCGUUCCUUAUAAGAACUCACCGGCAGCCAACUCGUUACGGGCUAACACUUUUUUACGAGAGCCAAAUUCAAAAGCAGCCAAAUGAUAAGCCAAUUUGGCGCGAAAGCUCGAGGCGAGUCGGCCGUAACUGAGCGAAACGACGCGCGAAGAGUUUUUUAAUUGCCUGAUAACUCAAAACAUAGAUCUCUUAUGAUUACGGUGCAUUGUUAAUUAGUUACAGUGAUUACGAUAAAUUAAGUGACUUGCCAAAUGAUAGUUUUUUAAAAAUAUUUAUUCUGUGUCAAUCAAAAUAUAUUAUAACGCUCAAACGGUAUUUGUCGUAAAGUCGUACCCAAUUCAGAAACUUUAGGUUUUGUUAACUAUUAUAGUAAACAAAAAAAAAAUAGUAGGGUAUAAUUGAUAAAGACAAUUUUCCAAUCUAAACUAUCAUAAUAUUAAGUUCACGGACCUUAAGAACAAUAACAAGCCAACUCCUGAUAUAUUCUAAAGAUGUAGCAAUACAUUCGUGUAAAUCAUUUUCGAUCAGUCUGGUCAUGCUUUCUUUCUCUCUUUGCCAAUUUUGCUUUCUUUCCAGCCGUCUCCAAUACACGAUCUUCCAGUUCCUAAUGCAACUACGUCACUUUUAAACCACACCAUUUUUAGCUAUUUUUAACCAUUUUAAACUACUAUUUAUUUACAGCAUUCCAGUCCUGACACCAAUGUAACGUUUAUUUCUUUUAAACAGUCAAUUAUUUAAUUUAUAUUUACUUUUUACACUAAUAUGUUUUAUAACUUAUUUAUUUAUGACACUGAUUUGUAUCUCAAAACCUUAUAUACUAAUUGGUGUGUAUUUAGUGAACUGUAUGGAAAACUAUAUUUUGGAAACUAGUUUUUUUACCUUUAAAAUAAUUCUGUAUCCCGUCUCGAACUUGAUGAACUUAAGGAAAAAUAUUAGAAAAAGAAAAAGAAAUAUACAUCGGGAAUUUCACUUAACAUUAAAAAAUCAGAACCGGCGUACAAAAUGGUCGGAUUAGAAUCUUUUUUUAAUUAACUAUCGGUGAUAAGUAACAAAAUACGAUUGAUCAUUAAUACGCAGAAAUAAUUUGCGCAUGCCAAAAUUAACGUUAUAAAAUGUAUCUGCCAUAUCGGCAAGACAAAAUACCGAAUAGACCAAAACUUAAUUAUACAUCGGCCAAAACACUAAUAAAUUACUUUAACAAUUUAUCUUUACACAACAAUGUAUUGAUAUGAAUUUCUGCUCUGGUGUAGCUCUGAGUACCAGGAACAAUACUUUGAUCCUAUUUCUCUUUCUAUAUUUCUUUUCAUUUCAAAUGGUAUCCUAUCUUUUUGAAUUCCUAAUUCUAAAUUUUCAAAAUCCAUUACUAUCCCAUAUUUACUUAAAAUAUCUACUCCUAACAUCAGAUCAUACAUUAGGUUUUCGACUAUUAAUAAUUGCCUUACCACCAUAGUUU